AAAUCCUCGCAUGAAACCCGCGCAAAUACAUUUUAUGUUAAAUUUGCUGCUUCGCCUUUCACGUCAUCUGCCGAUCAUAUUGAGGCCCAACAUGCAAAUUUUCAUAAAGAGUUAAAUAAACGUGGAAUCGAUGUCAAAAUUAAAGAUGUAUUUAAACGAUAUGCAAACGGAAUAAGCAUUGAAAUCGAUGAACGCCAUGUAAAAAGGAUUGCAGAAAUUGAGCACGUUGAAAGUGUCGAGCCCGUGAAAAUUUAUAAACGAAUUAAUCCAAUUAAGCCAAUCGAGUUUAAAAAGGAAAGUUUGAAUAAACGUAACGAAGACGAUCUUAAUAGAACAAUCCUAAUUGCCCCUAAUAAUGAUAUUAAUUCUGUUCAUGAAAUUACCGGAGUAAAAAAAGUUCACGAAAAAUUGAGACUCUCUGGAAAAGGUGUCAAAGUCGGAAUCAUUGAUUCAGGCAUUGAUUAUACACAUCCUGCUCUUGGAGGAUGUUUUGGGCCAGGAUGUAGAGUAGCAUUUGGGUACGAUUUUAUGAAAGAUACGAACGACCCGUACGAUAAUUGUAUAGGACAUGGAACAUUUGUAGCAGGAAUUAUUGGUGGUAUUGAUCUAAGGGAUAACGGUCCCGGAUUUGUAGGUGUAGCACCAAAUGUCAUUUUUGGCGCAUAUAAAGUUUCAUCUUGCCCAAAUGAAAUUGAUGGAGAACACGGAAUUUUGGAAACCACAGUAAUGAAGGCUGUUAUUAAGGCUGUCGAUGACGGGAUGGAAAUCAUAAAUAUGUCCUUGGGAUUUGCGGGUGACGAUAGAAGCAAUCUUGCAAUUUUGAUCAAUGAAUUCGCUAAACAAAAGGGAAUAAUAUUCAUAGUAUCGGCAGGGAAUUAUGGUGAAUCUGGUUUAUUUACAAUUGCAAUGCCAUCGAAUGCACAAAAUUCUAUUAGUGUUGGUUCAUUUGAAACGGAUAAAGUCAUUAAUUUUAAAGCUUUUGAUCCAAAGAAUCCAAAGUUUGUUAUUAACUAUAUUACAAAAAGAGCAUUAGCUUUUACCUUCAAAAAUAUUAAAAGUAUUAAAGUUAAAUUGUUUCCGAUGAGUAAAUGUUUAAAUUAUGAUUACAAUGAAUUUAAUGAUACAAUAAUAAUCAUAGACUAUAGAGUUAAAAACAUUUGCCCAGAACAUUUAAUGCAAAAAACCUUAAACCCGCGCGGGAGGUUUGUAAUAAGUCCGAGACCAUUUGAUCUACCGGAUAAGAGAAAUCGGGCAAUUAUCGAUUCGAAACAAGCCGAUAUUUUAAUAAAGUAUCUCGAAAAAAAUCCAAAUUUAGAAUUAGAUUUUUCUGACAAGUAUGGAUAUAUGGAAUAUAAACCAUUUUCUGUAGUUCCUUCGGCAUUUUCAAGUUGGGGGUUAACUGAAGAGUUAAAUAUUAAGCCUGAAAUUUCUGCUCCAGGACAACUUAUGCUUUCAUCUUUCCCAGUCAAUUUAUCACCUUACGUGGUAAUGUCUGGAACAAGUUUUUCUUCACCGUAUAUCGCAGGCAUAGCGGCAUUGUAUAUUGAAUCAUUUGGAAAACAAUCUUUUGAUCAACUAAAAAUCGCAUUUAUGAAUUAUGCUGUACCACGUAAAGAUCGUAACCAUUUACUAGCCCCGGUAAUCAUUCAAGGCGCAGGACUCGUUGACGCGUUUAAUAUGUUGAAAGCAACCAGCUUUGUCUAUCCUCCAAAAAUUAAUUUGAAUGACACUGUUCAUUUUAAUGGAAGUCACAAAUUAAAUAUUUAUAAUAGUGGAAGAAAAGAGAUGAAAUAUAAGUUAUCGCAUAUUCCAGCUCCAAGCAUUAACGGAUACAAUAACACUUCGCCAAGAAAUUAUAUAAACUUGGAAUAUUUUACAAAACAAAAUCAAUACGCUAACGUUCAAUUUGAUAAUGAUCAAAUAGCCGUACCACCUCGAUCAAGUGUUGAAGUUUCUGUAACAUUUAUAUCACCAAGAGAACUACCCAUGGAUGGACAUUUUUUUUAUAGUGGAUGGUUAGAAAUAGCUCCUUUGGAUGAGAAAAUGUCCAUAAUGACAGUUCCUUAUGCCGGGUUAGCUGAUGAUGCAAGAUCUCUUCCAUUAUUUCAGACACCCACCUUUCCUGCACUUGUUAGUUUGUUUGCCAAUAAGACAAUUGCUCGUAUCAAAGAAGAGGAUCCAAUUAAAACAUUCACCUUAAAACUUCUUAAUGAAACCAUCGGAUUAUAUGAUUAUCCAUCGGUAGUUCUUAAUCUUGCAACUCCGACACAAAUGAUUAUUACCGAAAUACUUGAUGACAAACAAAGUCUUUUAGGAUGG